GAAAGCCCGGUAGCCAGUGCCCAGCCAGCACGGCUGAAGGUUGAACUUCAGCUGGUUUGGGAGCCUGAAGGAGUGGGUGACAGGUCGCUACUGCCUGGGAAGGUUGUUUGGGCAGUCAGGAUUGGGUUGUGGGUCAGAGGGACCAUGCAGAGAGACUGGAAGGCAGAGCUGGGUACGGGGCUGGAGCCCAGGACCUGAGCUGGGACCUAGUUUUUUUCAGAGGAGAGGUGUGUCCAGGAGCAAGCAUUGCAGCACUGCAGCAAAGAGUGCCAGCUCCCAGUCCUGCUCUGGAGACAGCAGUCAGAACCUGGAGGGCCAUCGGGAAGGACCCCAAAGUCCAAGUGUUCAGCAAAGACCAGGCCAGGCUGAUCGAACCAGACACCCAGGCCCUGAAGCACCUGCAGGUUCUUGGGAGCCAAAGUGCUCCCAGGUCUCUGAACUUCAUCUUCAGCCCCAGAUGGCCUGCAGUGGGCCGGGGUAGGCCCCAGGGAACAUAUCUCCUCCCAGACAGGCCCCCUACACACACACACACACACACAGAUUUACUGAUAAACACCAAUAUGAACACAAUCCACAAAGACCACUGUCACACAUAUGUAUUCAUAGAUACACACACAUGGACACAACAUGUUAACAUGUAUAGAGGUACACACUGCCAUGUCCACACACUACACUGCACAGAGACUCAUUGAAGCACAUAGACACACAGACCAGUCACCGAUGUACAGACGCACCGACAAAAUCACACAAAUGUGGUCACACUGCUGCACAAACACCUUGACACGCAGGGACACACUGAUACACCAGAUAGACAGACAGACACACAUCUCUGCAUGAAACACCUGCACACACACACACCCGCACCCCACACACUCAUGUGCAUUCCAACAAGCCCCAGCAUCACCCCAGCUCUCCUGCAGCUGUUGCUCACGCCCUUUUACCCACACCCCCCAGGGGGAGGCGAUGUCCCCAGGGAACAGAGGACUUCGGUCCCUUCUUAAGCCCUGCUGGCUCCCGCGUGACAUCAACAGCUCCCUCGCCGCGGCCGGGAGUUCCAAGCUGGGUGCCGGGGCCGGGCCAGCGCCAGGCACAGACACUUCGGCCCUUGUUGGGAGAACAGAGAGGGCUUCUUGUCCACUGUCCACCCUCUGGCUCCCACCACGGCUUCUCCCAGCGGCCUCUCCGCAGGCUGUGCAGAGCGUGCCUGAUCAUUGCUACAGCAUGGACUCGAGCCCAGCUGGGACCCCCAGUCCGCAGCCCCCGAGGGCCAACGGGAAUAUCAACCUGGGGCCUUCUGCCAACCCAAAUGCCAGGCCCACGGAUUUUGACUUCCUCAAAGUCAUUGGCAAAGGAAACUAUGGGAAGGUCCUCCUGGCCAAGCACAAGUCCGACGGGAUGUUCUAUGCAGUGAAGGUGCUGCAGAAAAAGUCCAUCUUAAAGAAGAAAGAGCAGAGCCACAUCAUGGCAGAGCGCAGCGUGCUCCUGAAGAACGUGCGCCACCCCUUCCUCGUGGGCCUGCGCUACUCCUUCCAGACACCCGAGAAGCUCUACUUCGUGCUGGACUAUGUCAACGGGGGAGAGCUCUUCUUCCACCUGCAGCGGGAGCGCCGGUUCCUGGAGCCCCGGGCACGGUUCUACGCUGCCGAGGUGGCCAGCGCCAUUGGCUACCUGCACUCCCUCAACAUCAUUUACAGGGACCUGAAACCAGAAAACAUUCUCUUGGACUGCCAGGGACACGUGGUGCUGACAGACUUUGGCCUCUGCAAGGAGGGUGUAGAACCCGAGGAGACCACAUCCACGUUUUGUGGUACCCCCGAGUACUUGGCUCCAGAAGUGCUCCGUAAGGAGCCUUACGAUCGGGCAGUGGAUUGGUGGUGCUUGGGAGCGGUGCUCUACGAGAUGCUACAUGGCCUGCCGCCCUUCUACAGCCAAGACGUAUCCCAGAUGUACGAGAAUAUUCUGCAUCAGCCGCUACGGAUUCCCGGGGGCCGGACGGUGGCUGCCUGCGACCUUCUGCAAGCCCUGCUCCACAAAGACCAGAGGCAGCGGCUGGGCUCCAAAACAGACUUUCUUGAGAUAAAGAGCCAUGUGUUCUUCAGCCCCAUAAACUGGGAUGACUUGUACCACAAGAGGCUGACUCCACCCUUCAACCCAAAUGUGGCAGGACCUGCUGACUUGAAACACUUUGACCCAGAGUUCACGCAAGAAGCUGUGUCAAAGUCCAUUGGCUGCACUCCUGACACCAUGGCGAGCAGCUCUGGGGCCUCAAGUGCCUUCCUGGGAUUCUCCUAUGCGCCAGACGAUGAUGCCAUCUUGGAUUGCUAGAAGAGAAGCUCCCGUGAAACCACCAAAGCCAGCCUGAAAUCUCACCCUGCCCCAGGAAUUAUGGAGGAUGAAGCUGGAAGACCAUGGAAAACACAUCGAUGACACCACAAUGACCUACUGGGGAUCAAAUCUGGGUCAAGGAGAGCUAGUUACCCUUUGACAUGUGCUGAGAAUUCUGAAAGAAACAUUCUGAUUUGAUUUCCAUCUUAAGAGUGUCUGCUAAGAGACAAGUAUGGAACAUGAUGAGAGAGAGGCCCAAAUUCCCCCAACUUCCCAGAGCCAAAAGCAAGAGCGCUAAUCAUCAGAAAUGGAAAUAGUAUUGUCAAAGUACACAACUUGCUAUGAGUUGUGAAACACCCAAAGGUUCUAUCUGUUCUAAGACUGCAAAAUCACAAAAUGUCCACCAGGAGAGAAAAUAAAAAUGAAAAAAUUAUGAAUAUUCAUUAAAAAUGAAUAUCUGUUUAAUA